CCCCCCGCACUUGUUCGUCUGCAGGAGCCGUGCUGCCAGCGGAGCGUGGAGUAGUUUAGUUUCAGCGCAGACCGCCGGGUUCAAACCUUACGGCGGAGCACGGAGCCAUGGAGGAGCCGGGAGGCGGCAGCGCCUACGGGGCUUCGCUGGCCGGAGGAGGCUUCGACCUCUACAGGUUCGCCCGGCAGCCGCAGACCAUCGUGCGGCUGCUCAGCUGGAUGUGUGCCAUCGUGGUGUUUUCCUGUAUCACAGCAGAGGGGUAUAUCAACUCCAUGUCCAGUCCUGAGACAAUGUGCAUCUUCAACCAGAAUGACUCUGCAUGUCACUAUGCGGUUGGCAUUGGGGUAAUAGCCUUUCUGGCCUGCGUGGCCUUCCUCGUGUUGGACGUCUACGUGCCGUUUAUGAGCAACGCUCAGGAAAGAAAGUACGCUGUCAUGGCUGACCUGGGAUUCUCAGGGGUGUGGACCUUCCUGUGGUUUGUGUGUUUUUGCACGUUGUCCAGUCAGUGGGCUCGCACUCAUGAUGUCCAGGGCAUCCCUGAGGACGCUGCACGGGCCACCAUCGCCUUCUCAUUCUUCUCUAUCGCCACAUGGGGGAUCCUGACCUACUUUGCCUUCGGCCGUUUCCGGCGUGGUGUCGAUGAUGUCAACAUCCCCAACUACAGGGAGCCAGCACCAGAUCACCACAGCGCCUACCCUCCAACAUACCCGCCCACCUCCUACAACCCCACUACUUACACACCAACAACUUACACAGCCUACCCCAGCAACGCCCCCGACGUGCAACAGCAGCUUCCUUUCAGCUCAAAUCUGCUGCCGCAGGGAGACGCCGGCUACCAGCCGCCCAAGUACUGAGGCCGGGCGGUGCUCCGGGUCAUCUGCAGGGAGGACUGACUGUGGUUGUGCUGUACAGAAACAGAGCUAUAUCAUAUUGAUGUGCUUUCAAAUUUGAUUGAAAACACUUUUCAAAAGUGUUUUGAGGACCCGAGCCACGAUACUACAAGUUAGACUGGAGGGACACCGCUGUCUACGUCGAAAGGUCUGUGAGCAGACCUUAAGAUAUCAGUGGAGUUUUGAGUUUAAGAUUGAGUAAUCUAACCUUAGGCCUGUGUGUAAACAACUUUUACCUCAUAUGGGCUGAUCCUGCAGGGAAAAGGUAGAAUUGGAGAGCUUGCAUAUUACGCAGGACAACAGCAACCAGAGGAAGAGCCCAACAUGCUAAAGUAUUUGUCUUUGCUCGGCUAAACCCUGAGGCUGUCAACUGUGUACCACUCACUGGCGUUUUUUCUUUUCCUUUUUUUAAGUGAAUGCUUCUUUUUCAAAUAAUUUUAUUGAUGCAAGUUGAUUUAGCAAAUGGGAGCUGACUAUUGUGGGUAAAGAUUACUUAUCAUAUAAAGCCAAAUGUCCUUCUCUGAUUUAUUUGUGAUGUGUGGGAUCUGUAACAUUUUAAAGUUUGAAAAGGUUUUCUGGGUUAGGAAAUCUUCAUUCUGAAGUCAAACAUGUUUCCUUUGUCAUCUGAAUUUAGCAAAGGAUUAUGAAUUUAGCUAAAUCUGAGCAUAGAAAAUGUAAGACUUGUGUUGGUAAAAACGGUUUACAUGUGCAAAACUUGAAAGGUGUUUACCGCCUUUGACCUUUAAACUCUGUGCUAAUUUACAGAUAAGCAAGUGGGUAGAGUUUCUUGAGAUAUAACCACUUACUAAAUAGGUUUAUCUGUUGAGCAUGACCUAAGACAUGCAUGUCAUUUAUCAGCUAGCAGCAUUUCUUUCCCUCAAGCUUUCUCUCAGGUGUGAUGAGUAUUUGCCGUUUACAGGCCUCUCAGUUUAAACUGUUAACAUAAAACUCAAUGUUCACCUUAAAUUAGCUUUGCCUUAUUUCAAUCCUUGAAUUAUCUGUAAGAAAAGGUUUGUAUUUAAUAUACAUGUUUGCAGUAAUUGGACAUUGAUUAAACUUGAAAGAAAAAAGAAGCAAAAAGCAGGACAAACCCUACUGUUGGUUUAUUUUCUCCCUCAGAUGGAGGACUAACUUUAGAGGCCUUAUCAACACAAGAGAAAAAAUGUACGAUUGAUUUUUCACGUUUUAUUUAGGUUGAAUAUCUGUUUAUUACGACUGACCUGUUUUCAUUGUUCACUUUGAAAAAGAGAAAUCCACCUUUAAUAGAAAAGUUCAUCCGCAGACCAUCAUACUGGCUUUCAAUAGGGGUAAAACUUUGCUCCCCUGUACAUUUAAUGCAAAAAAAACAAUCUGUUCAGUUGUACAUUUCAACAAGAUAAAAAAUGUUCAGACUAGACUACAAUGAUCUGCAUAAAGUCUAUAAAAACUUUGCUUGACAGUUUUUUCUAUCGUGUUAAAGUAGGUUAACACUGAGCAGCAGUUAAAGGUUUGUUUUAUUGCCACAACUGCAUUUCACUUUGUGUAUAAAUAAAAUGAUUCAUGGGACGGCC